UUGCUUUGUCGCGCUACGUUCGUUGUUGUUGCUGCUGCCCUGCGCCAACUGUGUGUGGACUGCGAGAGCAGGUCGCGAAUUUUGAAAUCGCUCGCUUCACGCUGCCUCUGUGUCAGUGUGUGUUAAGACCAAAAACUACAAGAUAGUCCCAGCAAACACAAUCAAAAACAUUGAUUAGCAUAGACCAUCGAUUCAAAGUGUAAACGAAUCUCUCGAUCAAAUUCGUUCAUUUGUUCGCUCGUUACUUUAUUUCACUUUGUGUGCCAUCCAAGAUGAGUGGCAGCACGUCCACCAACAACAACACCAACAUCAAUACCAUAACCAGCAGCAACAACAACAAUAAUAGCAAUGGCAACAGAGAAGUAUCCGAGGAUUACACAUUGUUCAAGUUCUACAUGGAAAAGUGCUAUGAGCUGCCAUCGGAGCUCAAGAAUGACAUUAUCUACUGUCAGCGUGCAAUGCGCGACUUUCUCAAGGUGCACGGGCUGGUCUCCGAUGUGUUCAAGGAGCAGGCCGAUGCGGAUCCAGUGCAGAUGCAGCGCAUACUCGACGAACUGGAGGCAGAGGUCUACGAGAUCAAUGCGGAGCAGAACUAUUUGAUGCUGCGCCUCGACGAGGACCUGGACAUAUUCUACAAGAAACUGGAGGACAGCAACAUCCAGACCGUACCUGAGCUGGGCAACGAGUACAUCUCCAGCCUGAUAGUGCCUUUGAUUGGCGAUGCCAGCUACAAAAUCUAUCCGCAAUCGGUGCUGAUGCGCGACAACGAGGAGAUGCUCAUUCGCAAGCAUUUUCUUAUUUCGCAGGACGACGAGGCGGGCGUUGAGCCGCUCAAGCUGAGCGAACUCGAUGACAAUGUGCCGUUGAUGCUGGUCAAUCCAUCGACAGCAACCGCCACACUCUUGGAUGCACAAACAACAGCAACAACAACGGCAGCAACCGCCGGCAACGAACUGAAGCUUAUGCAGCCCGAAAAUCUCUUCAACAUGGGCGACAACAGCGUCGGUGGCUUAACAACGCUGCUUUCGACGCCAACUCAAGCGCAAUCCGCUUUGCCACUGCCACCGCUGUUGACACAAUCGAAGCCAUCGGAGCAUCAGCAACGUUCGUUGCUAAUACCACGCGGCGGAUCCAUUGCCGUCGAGGAGCUGCCCGGCGGAGCUGUGCUGUCGACGCAGCCACCACCACUAGCGAUGGCCAAGCAGGUGGCCGGAGUUGUGGCAACAGUUGCUGCAGAGAUCAGCAAGCCGCAGACGUUGAAGCGCAGCUCAACAUCACCGCCACCGCUGGCGCCGAUCACAAAGGUGGCGGCCACAAUGGCAACGGACUUUGAGGUGGUCGCCCAAAGUCGCAUGAAUCUGCGUCAAGCGUUGCGACGUGCACGCAAAACCAAACAGCAGCCGCGUCUCUUCGACGACGAGGAUGCCUUGGAGCUGCCCGGCAGCGAGAAGACAGCAGCACAGUCCACAACUGCUUUGGCACCCAGCAGCAGUCAAGUGGUGUCCAAACAGAACAAGGCGAGCUUGAGCAAGGCUCUGGCCAUGGAAUUGACAACAACAGCAGCCGCAGUUUCUGUUGCCGUUGCCGGAGUGCCAAGUGCCUCGUCGUUGGCUGCCAAGAAGUCAGCACAGCCAGCGGCAAGCAAACAGUAUAAGACACGCAAUGCUUAUGGUGCUGGCAGAAAACCCGCCACACCGCCUCCGCCAUCAACGGUGGCGGGACAGCACCAAGCAGGAUCAGGAGCAGGAGCAGCGGCAUCAACAGCGCGUGCCUCGUCGGGCUCAUCGGGUUCAUCGGAUGAUUUGCAUCACGAACUGGAGCUGGAGCAGCAGCGUCUGUGCGCCUCGGCGGCUCAGUGGCGCGACGAACCACGCGAGACACGCGUCAUGCCGGCUGAGUACGGACAGGAGCAUUUCCUUGGGCUGUUUGGCCUCUAUACACAUGACAUGGUCAAGAAGUUGUGUCAGCGCCAUUCGAAGCGCAAGCGUCGCACGGUACAGAAUGCCAGUGGCGUUGACUUUCACUACGGCCAGCAGCUGGCUGCCAUUGAUGCAGUGCGUCAGAAGAAGCUGAAGGACAAACCAGAGUUUCUCCUGUCGCCCAAAGAGAAGCGUUUGCAGGCAAAGAAGGCCCACCGAGCGGCCGCUGCAGCUGCUGCUUCUGCUUCGGCUGUUGCUGCCACAACGGGCACAACGGCCACGCGGAAGAGCAAAAGUAAAACGCCUGAAAAGCUGGAGGAUCUAUUCGGCAGCAGCCAGUCGGUGGAGGGGGGCAAACAGAAGUGCAAGGAGUGCAGAAAACGUGCAGACAACUUGAUGACAUGCCAAAGCUGCCAAGGCUUCUAUCAUCUGGACUGUCAUGAGGACGCCAAGGGCAAGACGGUGUCACCACAAUCGCACAGCCAGCUAAGCAUUCGGUGUCCACAGUGUGUGCGUGAUUGGACAAACACGGCCCGGGCUAAAUGUUUUUCUUAAUAGUUGUUAAGCAUUGUUUUCCUCUUUUUUUAAUAUCGAGAAAGCAAACAAAAAAUGGCGAUAAGAAUUUUUUUGUGCGCAUUGUCGGGGCGCUUGUUGUACAGUCUUUAUCCUGAUCAUUGUAUUGUGUAUAUAUAUAUAUUUUAUAUAUUUCUUUUUUUUUAUAUAUUUUUUUUUUUUAAAUUUUUUAUAACUGGGGUUUCCAUUAAUGAUUAUGACUUACUUCAUAAUGCACAAUAUAUUUACAUGCGAUAUACUGUAAUUGUGCCUCAUAUCAACAAACAUUUUUUUUGGUUUAAUACUUAUUAUUUUAAUUUUGGUUUUCAAAUUCUCCCUACACACACUACUACACAAAAAAAAAAAGAAACAAGCGGAACAAUCGUUAUUUUAUGCUCUUGCAGCGGGAGGCGAAUUCAAUAAAAA